AUGACGUCAUCAGAAGUGCCAAAAUUAUCGAAAGAACAAUUAAUACAAAGAAGAGCUGAAAUAUUGAAAUGCUAUAAGUGAGUUACUAUAAGUUGGUACCUACAGUAAUCCUUACAGUAAUCCUUAUAGACGAGAUUUUGCGAGAAGACGGGAGAAUUUGAGGAACAAAGAUAGGGAAAAUCCGAAAUUGUUGACACGGAUUGUUGAGGAGAAAUCGAUUGAGGAGACUUGGAAGGAUUUGAGAGAGAUUGCAAAGUAAGUUAUAUCCCGGGGACCACCCACGAAGCUUUUAAUUCAAGCUUACUGUAUGCAAAAUUGCGUCACAGUGUUUGCACACAACCCCUGGAGGAAAUUUAAAAAGAAAAUAGGAUUUUCGAAAAAAAAAAUUCUACAGUACUUAUUUAAAGGCACACAACAAAAUUCAGCAGGAUAUCUCGAAGCGAUGUGUGUCUGUGUAAUUCUCUCGGACAAAAAUGUUUUUUUUCAUUUUUUUUCGAAUUUUCACAAAUAAAAAUAAAAUAAAUUGCAGGAAAUUGACAACAAUGAACUCGGAUGGAAUAAAUCGAGCAGAAAUUUAUGAACAUGUUCAUCAAAUAUUGGAAUGGUCCAAAAAGGAUUACACAAAGAAGGAAGAUCAAACUGGAAAUUGUUGA